UCCCAAUGCGAUCGUGUGCGCGCGGGUCAGCGCUGUUUAUGCUCCUCUGAUCUCCGACGCGCGCUCCAUGUGCACGCGCGCAGAACAGGAUGAUCUUGUUACAUUGUAGCUCGGCGUAACUGUGCGUCAUAAAGAAAAAAAUCGUUUGAUCCAGGCUAAUAGUGCGUUUUUGAACUUUCUAAUCGAAUACAUUCGAAUUCUUUUGGACCUUGAAAACGGUUGGAGCGCGCAAAGCGGAGGAAAGAGAUCUGGAUUUACGCAGCGCACGCGGGUUUCGGUGUCGGAUGGUGAUUCCGGAUUCGGUCUUGACCAUCGAGAGCCCCGUGGAUGACCUCCAAAAUCAUGUAUCCGCAUGGAAGACCUCAGGCUCCGCUGGUUUCUGGCCACGCCGGCGUGAAAUUUACAGUGCUGGAAACUCUGGACCACAUAAAAGAAGAAUUCCAGCUCUUCCAGGCCCAAUACCACAGUCUAAAGUUGGAAUGUGAGAAAUUGGCGAGUGAGAAAACAGAGAUGCACAGGCAUUAUGUCAUGUAUUAUGAAAUGUCUUACGGAUUGAACAUUGAAAUGCAGAAACAGGCAGAGAUUGUAAAGCGGCUUAGUGCUAUAUGCUCUCAGAUCAUUCCACUGCUGUCCCAAGAGCAUCAGCACCAAGUCGCCCAAGCAGUCGAGCGAUCGAAACAUGUGAGCAUAGCAGAACUCAACGCCAUUAUUGGGCAGUUCCAGCAUCUCUCCCAUCACGCAUCAGGUUAUCCUCUGACACCACACCCCUCAGGACUGACGCUGGGAGUGGGUUCAAGCCUCAUGGCUCUACCUGGAGCCUUUCCGUUCUCCCCUCACCUGGUCCCUAAAGAUGACCUCACUCACCUAGAGCUUGUGGACUCCAGAGAUGGAGCCCCAAACAGGAGUGGUAGCGGCUCUCCAGUGGGCCAUCGGUCUUCAGGGCUGCGACUCGGUCUUCCUCCUACCCCGUCCUCCUCCUCUCACGCUGAGACAGACAGUAAGAGGAGCACCACAGAUCAGAAGGGCACAGGACGAACACAACAGGAGGGUGGCAGUAAAAAGGAAGACGCUCUGAGAAGAGAUGGUACUAAAGAGAAAAGUGCGUCACCCACAGGAGUCUCUCCGAGGUCUGCUGAUGGAAACGGACUGAGCAGCUCUCCGGUUCUCUGGAAAAAUCCAUCCAGAGAAGGCCCCUCCUCCUCAUCCUCCCCUCGCUCACAGCAGCGCUCGCCCGGACUCUGCAAGAGCCCCACACAGGAGAAAGCGAGAUCUCCCUCUCCAUCAGCAUCUCAUGAAUCUCUCUCUCCUGGCUCGCCACCGCCUCCCCCUCGCCCCCUCUCCUCCUCUUCCCGCGGCCCGUCUCCCGCUCUCAAACACUAGGACCCACUCCUGUCUAUGGAGUGAGACUAGUGAAAGACAGCCGCUACCCCUCCCCAGCCUGCCCUUCCCAGAACACACGGGGCCGGUCCCAGAUUGUGCCGGGUCAGCCCCAGAAUGCAGGAGUCUGGGCAUCAGGUGCCUUGUCAGUAGCCCAUCAUCCAUCCUCGUGGCCCUUUGAGCCGAACUCUGAGCAAACUGCACCUGUGUUCCCACAAAAAGGGAGUAAUCAGCCAAUCAGCUGUCUGACAGCUUUGUCAGCAAAUUAGAAAGCAAGCUGAAUAUUCUGUGUGACAAAUGGAGGCGAGAACUGUUUCUUCCUAUCAUCUCCCACACAGAAAUGGACUGAAAUGAUUUUACUGCCAAUUUUAAAGAUUCUAAAGUCAAAAAGAGUUCAAGAACAAGACACGGAAACUUCUAGACACAUGCACAUUAAAGUUGUUCUUGUUAUACUACGGUUUUCACACACAAGAGCUUUUUACUGUUUCAAAAGGCUCAAGCACCCUUGAGUUACUUGUUACCCCUCACUGAAACUGACCCUUGAACAGAUGUGUAAUUUUGUUUGCAUAGUAUUAAUUUACAGCAUUUAAAGACAAAUAAUGCUCUGAUGUAUACCUGCUUUUGCUUGUAAAAACUGGCUUCUUUGGUUGAUACACAAAUCCACAUUAUGACGCUUCCAAUAGAACCUUGUGCUGCUACUCGGUACUGGCGGAGCAAUGCGGUAGGAGUGAUGUGUUUUUCGAAAACAUUUAUGGCUAAAAAGGGCGUUUUAGGUUCGACACGAAGGCAGAGUGAAUACUGUAUCUUCACAACGUAGCAUGACUUCUAUAGCCUGUCUCUUAAAAUAAACACAAUUUUUCAUUAUAACGUUAUUUUUCUUAGUAAAUUCGUUAAGUGCCAUCCUUCCGCUAAAAGAUAUAGUUCCUGAUAUGUGUACAACCGUUAGUGCUGCGCAGUGAUAUCAGUACACAGUCGCUGAGUGAGAAGGUGUUUGGUUAUUAUUACGUAUUUAAGCACGGCAUCCAGAACACUUUUGUAUUUUGAUUUGUUGAAUAAAAAUAGUAUGUGGCGUAAAACUAAGUGUUUCAGGCUUUGCAGCAUUUUGAAGGACAGGCAAUGAACUCUACAUGUACAGUUGGUUUCACCACUAGAUGGCAACAGAUGAUCAAAACAUAAAUCAGUUAAUCAGAAUAUUCUGUUCUUUAUUGCUGUUGUUUGCUCCAUGUGAAACUGAUUAUGGUAUAUUCUUUAUCUCCAGUCCAGAUAAGUAUAAUGGACUGACCGUUUAUUUACUAACUUUUUCACAAUGCCGAAAUUCCAUUAACAUAAAUCAUAAGUCAGAUUGCAAUAUUGCCAAUGCACAAUAGUGAAACCUGCUCAGUUGACAUCAAUCACUGAUAAACUAAUUUUAUCCAUGUUGUGCAAUCAUCUGGCUGGAGAGGCCAAACUGUUUUAUCUGGCUGAUGUAAGACAGAUUCUUUUGAAAUAUCGCCGGUCAAACAUUGUUCAUUUAGCCCAAAAUGCUUUUUGGUAAGCAUUCAAACACAUCCUUGUAAAUCCUGAUUUUGUCUGUUUUUGUGUAUUUUUUUCAUACUAAAUUGUUUUAGAUCUUCAAACGAGAUAUAAUAUAAAACAAAGGCAGUCUGAGUAAACACAAAAUAUAGUUUUCAAAUAUAUAUUUUUUUAAUUGAAGCAAAAAAGUUUUCCAACACCUAUAUCACCCAUGUGAAAAACUAACUGCCCCCCUAAACUUAAUAACUGGUUUUGCCACCUUUAGCAGCAACAACUGCAACCAAACGCUUCCGAUAACUGAGAUCAGUCUUUCACAACGCUGUGGUGGAAUUUUGACACACUCGUCUUUGCAGAACUGCUUUAGUUCAGCCACACUGGAGGGUUUUCGAGCAUGAACUGCCUGUUUAAGGUCCUACCACAACAUCUCGAUGGGGUUCAAGUCAGGACUUUGAUUAGGCCACUCCAAAACUUUAAUUUAGCUUCUUUUGAGCCAUUCAGAGGUGGACUUGCUGCUAUGCUUUGGAUCAUUGUCUUGCUGCAUAAUCCAGUUGCGCUUGAGCUUCAACUCACGGACUGAUGACCAGACGUUCUCCUUUAGGAUUUUCUGGUAGAGAGCAGAAUUCAUGUUUCCCUCCAUUAUUUCAUAUCGCCCUGGCCCUGAAGCAACAAAGCAUCCCUACACCAUCACACUACCACCACCAUGCUUGACCGUAGGUAUGAUGUUCUUUUUGUGGAAUUCUGUGUUUGAUUUACGGCAGAUGUAAUGGGACCCCUGUCUUCCAAACAGUUCCACUUUCGACUCAGUCCACUGAACUUUCUCCCAAAAGGUUUGAGGAUCAUCAAGGUGUGCUUUGGCAAAAUUCAGAUGAGCCUUAAUGUUCUUCUGGGUUAGCAGUGGUUUCCGCCUCACUGCUCUUCCAUGGAUGUUAUUUUUAGCCAAUGUCUUUCUGAUAGUGGAGUCAUGAACAAUGGCCUUUUGUUGAUGUGAGAGAGGCCAUCAGUUUCUUAUAUGUUGCCCUUGGCUUUAUUGUGACUUCCUAGAUGAGUCAUCGCUGUGCUCUUGGAGGAAUUUUGGAAGGUCGGCCACUUCUGGGAAGGUUGACAACUGUGGCAAGUUUUCUCCAUUUGGAGAUAAUGGCUCUCAUUGUGGUUCUCUGGAGUCCCAGAGCCUUUGAAAUAUCUCUGUAACCCUUCCCAGACUUAUGUAUUUCAAUCACCUUUUCCCCCUCAUAAUUUCUGGAAUUUCUUUUGACCUUGGCAUAGUGUGCUACUGGGUGAGACCUUUUAGCCAGCUUCAUGCUGCUGAAAAAGUUUAGGUGCUGAUUUGAUUGAACAGGGCUGGCAGUAUUCAGACCUGGGUGUGUCUAGUCCAGCUGAACCCCAUUAUGAAUGCAGUUUCAUAGAUUUGGAGAUUUAGUAACUAAGGGGGCAAAUAUUUUUCCACACAGGCCCAGUUGGUAUUGGAUAACUUUUUUGCUUCAAUAAACAACUUUUAUAAUUUAAAAACUGAAUUUUGUGUUUACUCUAAUUGCCUUUAUGUUAGUUUUUGUUUGAAAUUUUGAAACAAUUUAGUAUGAGAUAUACACAAAAACAGAAGAAAUCAGGAUGGGGGCAAAUACUUUCAGUGAUUCAGUAAUCACAUUCAGGGGCGGACUGGCAAUAGAGAGAACUGGGACUUUUCCCAGUAGGCUGACCGCAAAACGGGACCGAAAUGGGCCCGAUUUUGAUUUCAAAUCCAGGACCAAUUUCUCUUCCCAGACCGCCUCUGACCAUAUAAAAAACCAUGAAAUCUUUUGUCACUAACAACCAGCAAAACUUUGUGUAAAAACAUCUUUUUUUUUUUUGCACUUGUUUGCAUACGGUUUUCAAUACUAUUAAACUUCAGUUCAAAACCUCACACAAAACUACAUUUCACUGAAUUUGCUAUAUUUAUAUUAUAGCAGUAUACUGAAAUAUAUCCACAAUCAAGAUAAAUAAAUAAAUAAUAAAAGUAUUGGUUUACAUAUGUACAAAGUCAAGCAUACCUUAAGCCAAAAUUAAACAUCUUGGAAUGAU